CUGAUGUGAGGCAGCAAUCAGUAAACAGCCUGGUUGCCCUGGGUGCUGUGAGAGCCAUCCCUGCCUUGCAGAGAUCAUCGUCUGCUGUCACACAAAAUGUGGAGUGAAUGAGCGUGGAGAGAGGUGAGAGAAGGGAGCCCGAACUGACUCAGGCAUCCUCCCACCAUGGUGGCCACCAACCAAACCAGCUUGCAUCCUGCCUCCUUCCUCCUGCUGGGCAUGGCAGGCCUGGAGGACCUGCAGACCUGGCUCUCCAUCCCCUUCUGCCUGAUGUACAUUGCCACGCUCCUUGGCAACUUUGUCCUCUUAUUUGUCAUUGUGACGGAGCGAAGCCUCCAUGAGCCGAUGUACCUCUUCCUGGCCAUGUUAGCGGUGACAGAUCUCAUAUUGUCUUCCUCCACAGUGCCCAAAGCCCUGAGCAUAUUCUGGUCCCUUUCCAAUAAGAUGUCUUUCCACGCCUGCCUUACCCAGAUGUUCUUCACACACUUCAGCUUCAUUGCGGAGUCAACCGUUCUGCUGGCCAUGGCGUUUGACCGGUACGUUGCGAUCUGCAAUCCCCUGCGAUACGCCACGGUGUUCACGCACUCAGCGAUAGCCAAGAUAGGGGUGGCUGCAAUAGCCAGGAGCUUUUGUGUGAUGUUCCCAACAAUAUUCCUCCUUCAGAGGCUGCUGUACUGCGGACACAGCAUCAUGCCCCACACUUACUGCGAGCACAUGGGCAUCGCCCGGCUGGCCUGCAGCGACAUCUCCGUGAACGUCUGGUACGGCUUUGCCACCACCCUCCUGUGCCCAGGACUGGACGUUGUGCUCAUUGGGGUGUCAUACAGCCUCAUUCUCAGGGCUGUCUUCAGGCUCUCCUCCAAGGAUGCCCAGGUGAAGGCAGUUGGCACCUGCAGCUCUCAUGCCUGUGUUAUAUUGAUGUUCUACACGCCAGCAUUUUUCUCAUUUUUCACUCUUCGGUUUGGCCACAAUGUCCCCCACCAUGUUCACAUCCUGUUGGCCAAUCUCUACGUGCUCCUACCACCCAUGCUAAACCCCAUUGUCUACUCAGUGACAAACAAAUUAAUCAGAGAAAAGGUGUCCCAGAUACUCUUUAGGACUGGGCAAUUGCAAUGAGAAGGAUGUUAUUCCCCCAAAAGGAAGAGAAAUUGUCUCUACCAGGGAAGCAGAGUGCAUGUGUGUGAAAUAACACGGCUUCUUCCUUUUUUAGACUCAGCACAACACCAUUACUGAUCAAUUUUCCUGCUUAUGAGAUGCUUCCUCAGAAUAAAUCCCAUCACCACUACAAAAGGAGAAAUUAGUUCUGAACGAUAUACCAAAAUUUUGUCUUAUGUAAUCUGGUGUUAUCCCAUAAACUCAGAGCUUUAUCGGGGGUUUGGUUGCAGCAAUUCACAAGGCCAGGAGAAGCAGCUGGAACAGAGGUGGCUUCUGUGUGUCCAUCCACCUCUGCCUUUGGUGUCCAAGGUGGCCAGAUGAAGGAAAUCCCACUGCACAACCAGAGCCUAAGGAAUUCCUGCAUGCAAUUAGGAAACCAUGGAUCUUCAAGGACUGGUCUUGAUCAUGUAUGUCUUGUCCUUAUUACCAUCUCUGGUGGUACACAAUAAAUUCAUGGAUUAAC